AUGAAAAUUAAAUUUUUUACAAAAAUUUUUAUUUUCCAAUUUUAUUUAAUUAUUCUGUCCUCCUUUUGUUUUAAAAAUUUAAUUGGGCAACCAUUUUUUCAAUCUUCAUUUUGGUUACCCCAACAGCAAUGGCAACAAAAUCCUUAUAUGUUUGACUAUCAAUAUGGAAAUAGACAAUUUAUGUAUCCCCCUCCAAUAAAUAAUAAUGGGCCUUCAUUUUCUCGUGGUGUGGAAAGCGGAUUUGAAACGUUCUUUCCCCGACAUCCACCUACAUCUUCACUAACUUUUAAUUAUCCAUUUAAUCCUUCAACAUAUUCUCUACAGAGACAUUUGAUCCCAGGCAUUUUUGCGAAUUAUUUCUUUUUAAACCCAAAAAAAUUAAAGGCCCUAAUAAUUAUUACGGUUAUGGAACGGCAAGUAAUGUUUGGUCACCUCAAAUGGGAGGAUUUGGAAAUUAUCCAUUUAUGGCUAAUUCACCUGUAG